ACUUUUGAUUUGCUGACUGGCAACUUGACUUCCUCUUAGUGAAACAUCAACAAAUGUUAACUAGGUUCCUCCUUCCUACUCACCGCUGCAUCAUGCGACUGCAGCCCACAGAUCACUUUAUAUAGACUGUUCAGACAGGUUUUUCUGUAGAAUCGUCCUGGCCACUGCAGAUAUGAGGUCUGGAGGAUUCGUUUCGGUAUCCAGACCGGUCAUAACGUCCAUCGUUCUCAUCUUAUUGCUCUAUUGUUUUCAUGUGUUUGCGCUCAAGUCGCAACUUUUGACGAGGCAUGGCGGGGUUACAGAUCUCAAUGCUCAGGACACCGUCAUCAACUAUGAAACAUGCUAUUUUGACCAGAAGAUCGAUCACUUUGGCUUCCUGGAGGAUGGCACCUUUAAGCAGAGAUACCUGGUUAAUAAUGAACACUGGGAUCAGAAGGGAGGGCCUAUCUUGUUCUACACCGGCAAUGAAGGAGACAUCACCUGGUUCUGCAAUAACACUGGUUUCAUGUGGGACGUUGCAGAGGAACUGGGAGCCAUGUUGGUGUUUGCAGAGCACCGUUACUAUGGAGAAUCCUUGCCGUUUGGACAAGACUCUUACAGUGACAACAAGCACCUGAAUUACCUGACGUCGGAGCAGGCGCUAGCGGACUUCUCUGUGCUGAUCAGAGAACUGAAGAGGAAGGUGCCUGGAGCUCAGGAAAGUCCUGUGAUCGCCAUCGGAGGCUCCUACGGAGGGAUGCUCUCUGCCUGGUUGAGAAUGAAAUACCCUAAUGUUGUUGUUGGAGCUCUGGCUGCCUCUGCUCCCAUAUGGCAGUUCCCUGACAUGGUUCCAUGUGGAGAUUUCUAUAAGAUAGUCACCCAGGACUUCGCCAGGAGUGGACUGAACUGUGACGUUAACAUCAGGAGGUCCUGGAAGGCCAUCGACAACAUCACAGCAACUGAUGACGGCCUCCAAUGGCUGUCCGGGGAGUUUAGCUUAUGUUCCCCACUCAAGAAGACGGACUUGGGUGGUUUUAAGGCCUGGCUCCAAGAGACCUGGGUGAAUCUGGCCAUGGUGGACUAUCCUUACGAAGCCAACUUCCUCCAACCCCUCCCGCGCUGGCCAAUACAGGUGGUGUGCAAGCACCUUGGCUUUGACCCCAGCAGUGUGUCAGACUACCAGCUGUUAGGGGGCAUAUCUGAAGCUGCUCGAGUCUACUUCAACUACACAGGAAACUGUCCUUGCCUCAACACCUCCUCUACGGCUACAGGGAACCUGGGCUUCAUCGGCUGGUACUACCAGGCGUGUACAGAGAUGGUGAUGCCUCUCUGCACUGAUGGGGUGCAGGACAUGUUUGAGCCCCAGGACUGGAACUUCCAGGCCUUCUCAGACGAGUGCAACUCCCUGUUCGUGCGUCCUCGGGCUGACUGGGCAGCGAGUCACGGAGGACUGGACAGCUCUCACAGCAACAUCAUCUUCAGGUAA